GGAUGGAAGAUGCUCAUCAAAUAGACAAAGAGCACUCAAGCAAUCAAAGUCUCCUUCUUCGCAUCACCCAUGCAGUCUUCGUUAGACCCGUACUCGUAGCCAAACGCCCAUACCAGUCAUAGUAUAAUUCUAUUGCUACUACCACACCAACUAUAACCACCACUACCAGUAGUACUAGUAAUAGAAAAAAAAACCACAGAUCAGCUAAGAGAGUGUCCCCCUGGCCCUCUUUCCCCUAUCCCUGCCCCCCAGUCACCCACGAAGUGUAAAGUGGAAUGUUGUUUUGUAAAACCGUAAACGCCGGACAAGGCCUACCCGUAUUUUUCGUAAUGGAAAACUCGCUCAUGUUAUGCCGUUAUUUCGACGUCGAGUGUGGUGUCACCGAAUUCAGUGCGCUGUCUGUCUGUGGCUUAGUCGAUAGAAAAUAUCAAAGACGAAGCCCACCGUGGGUGACCCUGUGCUGACUGUGUGUUCCCGUUAAAGGAGCCGUAGAUAAAUCAACAGGCUUGAAUUAGGAGGAACUCUUCAAAAGACGACGUUUAUCUCUAUUUCAAAUUGAUACCGAACACGGACUGCGUGCUCACUUGGAUACCGCCCAUGGGCGAUGUCAGGAAACGCUGAUCGAUUUUAGUUUCUUGACAAACAGUGUUUUUACCCUGGAGUAUAUGUAGCUACGGGCAAUCAAUCAAUAUUUUUCUACCUUCACAUUGUAGAAUAUACAUCUUGAAUGUCUCUACUGGAAUUAAGGGACAAACUGUUUUUCUUUUUUUUUUUUUAUAAUUAAGAUAGGCCUAUGCUAUUUACCAAACUUCAUUUACUGGUAAAUGAAGUUUGGUAAAUAUCGAUUUUUCCGGUGUUAUAAGCUAAUACUUCUUUUGGCAGUUUCUAACAGGUGAUUAGCGUAAUACAUAGGGCUGGAAUAAUUUAGGUACUGAAUCACUCUUCUCCAUUGUCACCAGAGAGCAACCUUAUGAAGCAGGUAGUUAAGAAUACUUGAUUUUUGACGCCAAUAAUUAAUGGAAUUUUCAUACAACUAUUUUUGCAGAAUUCAAAAUGAAACUGAUUAUUUUCGCUGCCAUCGCUGCAGUGGCGUUGGCUGCCCCUCAGGGAGCGCGGCCUGACUUUGACAGGCCUGGCAGCCGGCCAGCUAACCAGAUCGGUUCCGGAUUGGAUUGCCGGUACCGUUGCCAGCUAUCGCAAUGUGGCCAACAGCGCUGUAAGUACGCCUGUUACCGGCCGGCGGUUUGCGAACAUAACGCCAAGGUAACCCAGUACGCCUCUGGCCUCGACGAGCAGGCUCCAGGGGCCCCUGCUGCUGGAGACGCUCCGCUCAUUGCAGCAAAGGAUCCGCAGCCGUCCGCUGUUGAGGUCCCGACUGCACCGGCUGACGCACCUGAACCUGUCUCAGUGAUCAUCGCGGCUCCUGCCCGAGAGGCUGCUCCAGCUGUUCAGGCUGCACCCGCUGUAGUUGCCGCAGCUGUCGCUGCCGAAAAGGUUGCGCCCGUUGAAGUGCCUGUCGUCGCACCCAUGGCCGCAGCUCCGGCAGCUGUUCCCGUCCCGGCAGCGCUCGCUGAGCCUGUCGCCGUUCCUAUCGAGGUUGCCAAGGCUGAGGAAACUCUGGUUGCAAAACCUCUCGCCGCCUCGUCUCUCAUCGCUGAGAAGGUUGAGCCUGUCGCUCAACCCGUUGAAGUUUCAGCCAUUGCUCCCGUAGAGAUCCCCAUGGCUAUGCCCGUCGAGAAGGUCGCCGUUGAGAAGAUGCAGGCUACAGAGAGCGUUCUGGUUCCGGUAGCUAUGCCAGCUGCAGCUUCUGCCUCUGCGACUGCCCCUGCGAUGGCCCCAAUGGCCGCCGCGCCCGUUGCUGCCGCGACUCCUAUAGCUGCUCCUAUGGUGUCUGCCCCUGCAGCUCCUGUACCUGUGGAGAUUGUAAAAGCUGAAGUUGCCCAGCCCGAGCUGGUAAAAGUCGAGAUGCCUAUGAAUCAAGCAAGUGGACAACAGGAGAAGCCUUCCCCCAUGGCCCCCCAGAAGCCCGCUGCCCCCGCUAAGGAGGAGCCCAUGAAGAAAGAGAAACCUAUGCUUACUGCUGCCGUCGCGCAGGAAGCCAAGGAAGUUAUCAAGAUUGGUGAGACCGCCGCUCCCGUAGAUCUCGCCGCCCCCGUCAAAGCUGCGGCUCCCGCCCAGGAAGCUUCCAAGGCGCCUGCACCAACCCCUCAGGCCCUGCACGCUAGCCCUGCCGAAGAAGCUAAGCCCCUUGGAGUGUAGUAAUUCAUCUGGUUGUGUGUAUCAUAACAACAGUACACUCGCGACUGGCCCUGAGAAACGAACGGAUCCAAACAUCUCAACAUAAACUGCCUCUACCAGUGUCUUCUUUUACAGCUUCAUAGAAGCCCAUUACUUCCCUCACACACUGCCCUUGUAUCCAGUGUGUGAUGGAGGACCUGCAAUCUCUGAGGCUCAUUUGUGAUAUAUAAUCAUCCAACUUCAGCUGAUCGACUUCAAAAAUAUUUAUUCAGUCACCGGCAGCUUGAGCGGUCGGGCGACAAUCCUAUUCAUUUACUCGGUGUGACUAUUUAUUUUAGAUUACAAAACGUUAGCUAUUGAUAACACAUCCAACAACGACGCCUAACAUAUGAUCUGGAAAAUAUAAGAAUAAAUAUAGAAUUCAUUUAAGAACCGUCGUAUGGCGGAGCAAAGAUA